AUGACGCUAGGAAAUACCAUCGGUUGCAGCUUUGUGGGCGUUGUGGCUGCUGCGGCCCUAUAUGGAGUUUCUUGCGUGCAGACUUGGUUUUACUUCAACAGAUAUGGCACCACAGAUAUUUGGUACAUCAAGGCGUUGGUGCUCAUUUGCCUUGGAUUCGAUACUAUUCACCAAGCCCUCAUCUCCCAUACGGUUUACUGGUACUGCGUGACGAAUUUUAACAACCCUGAUGCUCUUUCCAUGCUCGUUUGGAGUAUCUUGCUGGAAGUCCUCUUCAAUGGUCUAAUCGGGCUCAUCGUGCAGAGCUUUUUGAUCAUGCGGGUCUGGCGAUUGUCCAACCGGAACCUCGUCCUGACCAUCUUCGCUGGGUCCCUUGUGUUAGCCGAGUUCGGGUGCUCUGUUGUCUUCACCGUUCAGUCCAUGAAACUCAAGACGUGGAAAGAUCUUGAGCAGCUUAAGCCACUUUCGAUGACCGUCAACGUUCUUGGAGCCAUGAGCGACUUUGUCAUCGCCUUGGCUCUGGUAUUCUACCUCCGCCGUUCUCGCACUGGAUUCAGAAAGAGCGACAUGAUGAUUAGCAAACUCAUCGUCUUUUCGGUUAGCACCGGGUUGUUGACAACACUCUGCGCAAUCGCGUCGCUGGUGUCCAUAGUACUCUGGGGCGACACCCUCAUCUACGUCGCUUUCUAUUUCAGUCUUGGUCGCCUCUACUUCAACUCUGUUCUUGCUACCCUCAACGCGAGAAAGGAUCUCCUUGCCGACGACCCUGAUGACAUCACGUUUUCACUUCAGACCAUUUCCAAAGUCGUCCCUCGCAAGCUGAGCUCUCCCCAGCAGCAACGCACGAUUUCCAUUAAAAUUCAGACGACGCGCGAGGUCGAUGGAGGAGGAAAGCAUUCUGAGAGGUCAUGCCAUUCGGCGCAGGAAGUAGACUCAUGA